AUGAUAUAUAGCUCAACAAUUAAGAAACUUACAUUGGAUUCAGAGAAGAAAUAUCUGAUUCUGAAGGCAGUAACCACAAACCUUGCUCCAGAGUUUUACAUGUUAACUAAUCAAAAGCUCUUGGUUGUUGGGAAAUAUAAAUUUCCUAGGUUUGUUUGGGCAAACUUCUUGACUCCAAUCCCCACACUGAAGAACUCCACUCCCCCAAAGUACAAACUUUCAACAGUAUAUAUGUACAUAUCAGAAGGUUGUGGGGGAGAGAAAACAGAGGAGAUGGCCAACACUAUUGCAACAUUGUGGGUUAUUUUAACCCAAUUUCUAUUGCUAGUUUUUGUUGAAGGAAAAAAUAAGGUUCCAGCAAUUAUAGUGUUUGGAGACUCAUCAGUUCAUGCAGGAAACAACAACCAGAUUCCAACCAUUGCUAGGAGCAACUUCGAGCUUUACGGCCGUGACUUCGACGGUGGCCGGCUGACGGGCUGUUUCUCCAAUGGCCGGAUUCCAACCGAUUUUAUCUCUGAGGCGUUUGGUCUUAGAACAAUUGUGCCAGUCUAUCUAGAUCCGGCAUACAGCAUAAAGGAUUUCGCGGUUGGAGUCAUGUUUGCGUCAGCUAGAACUGGCUAUGACAAUGCAACUUCUGAUGUGCUAUCUGUUAUACCCCUAUGGUAGGAACUAGAGUACUACAAGGACUAACAAAAGAAAUUGAAAGCUUAUCUUGGUGAAGGCAAGGCCAAGCAAACCCUAGCUCAAGCACUAUAUGCGAUGAGCUUAGGGACAAAUGACUUCUAGGAAAACUACUGCACAC